AUAUAAAUAAUGAUAAAGCGUCUAGUGCGAUUUAACUAAAUGGGCAAAGCUGCUUCUAACCAAUUAGAAAUAAUCAGUGUGAUUUAUUUUUUAUGGGUGGUUACGUAAUGUUUAAAUUUAUCAUGUGUAAAAUACUUAUCAACUGUCAAACUACGCCCCCGUGGUAGAUAGAUAAAGCUGAUGAUGGUCUUCCUUUUUUAAUUCAAAUCCUUUGGACGCGGAAAACGACGUCGUUAUCUCACCGUACGAUUACGAUCCCUAAUUUUUCAUAUAAAAGAGAAACAAAAGAAAAUCCAAGUGUCGUGGUCCGCGGAGAAAGACAGAAGACCUUCACCACCACCGAUUAAACGGGCACUACAGAGACCAUCAGCUUCCCUCUCUCCUUCUUCUUCUGCUUCUCCUCUCUGAUAUUGUCUGAAUCUCGGAACCCUAAACCCUGAUUUCUCUGAUCAGUUCUCAAUUCUUCGAAUUUCGUUGGGAGUGUGUGUGCCGGAGGAGUUAUAUAGGCGUGUAUACAUAUUUAUAAUACAAUGGCGUCGCUGGCUCUGUCGUCUCCUCCCGCCGCCAAUACUUCGUUGUCGUAUCUGUCAUCGUCCUCUUCGUCUUUCAUCUCUCGCGGCUCUCUCUCCGUCAGGACGACCGAGUCUCGGCCCCGAAUCUGCGUAUCCGGCUGCGCUAAAUGCGAUCUCACCGAUUCAGUGAACGUGGGCAAUGGAAAAACCAGUAUUCCCAUCAUCAACGAGGGGACACUGCCUAAGUUCUUGGAAUCUGCCCGGAUGGAGAAAUCCGUCAACAGAAUGAACAGCAGGCUGAAACUGUUCUCUGGUACAGCAAAUCCUGCACUUGCUCAGGAAAUUGCUUGGUGUAUGGGCAUGGAGCUCGGAAAAGUUAACAUAAAGAGAUUUGCUGAUGGAGAGAUAUAUGUUCAGCUGCAAGAGAGUGUUAGGGGAUGUGAUGUCUAUUUAGUGCAGCCUACCUGCUCUCCGUCGAAUGAACAUCUCAUGGAGCUCUUGAUUAUGAUAGAUGCUUGUCGUAGAGCAUCAGCCAAGAAAGUCACUGCCGUGAUUCCGUAUUUUGGAUAUGCCCGAGCUGACAGAAAGACACAAGGGCGUGAAUCUAUCGCUGCCAAACUGGUUGCUAACCUUAUCACUGAAGCUGGUGCGGACCGAGUUCUUGUUUGUGAUAUUCAUUCAGGUCAGUCCAUGGGUUACUUUGACAUUCCCGUGGACCACGUGCAAUGUCAGCCGGUGAUACUUGACUAUCUUGCAAGCAAGUCAAUUUCCUCGGAAGACCUAGUAGUGGUUUCACCUGAUGUCGGAGGGGUUGCCAGGGCACGUGCGUUUGCAAAGAAACUAUCAGAUGCUCCCCUUGCCAUUGUUGAUAAAAGACGCCAUGGUCACAAUGUUGCCGAGGUCAUGAAUCUGAUAGGUGAUGUAAGAGGAAAGGUAGCAGUUAUGGUGGAUGACAUGAUUGACACCGCAGGAACCAUCGCGAAAGGAGCGGCACUUCUACACCAGGAGGGCGCAAGAGAAGUCUACGCUUGCUGCACCCACGCCGUUUUCAGUCCACCGGCGAUAGAGAGACUAUCAUCGGGAGGUUUGCUGCAAGAAGUGAUAGUGACGAACACUCUUCCGGUAGCCGAGAAGAAUUACUUCCCGCAGUUAACGAUUUUGUCUGUGGCUAAUCUUCUCGGAGAGACCAUAUGGCGUGUCCAUGAUGAUAGCUCCGUCAGUAGCAUUUAUCUAUGACCCCCCACCAUUUUUUUUUUGGUCGCAGUUGCUUCUUUCGCUGUUUUGCAGAGACAACAUGUGUCUUUUUCGGUAUUGUUCCGUCGGUUUAGGACCGGUUUCUGGUCUUAACCGAAGUUGUUCGUCAAUAAGAAAGAACAAUAGAUUUUUUUUUUUAAAAUGUAUAACCAUCGUUUGUCGAUGUCAAAAUCAUAUUUUCUGCUUCCAUGUUAGUUCUUA